AUUGCAGCUCUUUGUUCAAGUAAUUCCAAAAAUUGAUUCAAUAACUUCCGUCCCUCGCGGAUACGCUCCGCGCUAGAUAGAUAACCAACCGCAAACGAGGGCCACCUUCAGAAACAUGACGCAACAACGAAUACUGAAGACGGCCACGGCUAGGGCCAGUUUGCUGCUGCUGAUCUCGAUCCAAGUGCUGCUAGUGGCGGCCGAUAAAACCAUGGACACCCGGGAGGGCGAAGACGUCACGCUCAAGUGUCGCUUCAACGAGCACUACUCGGACCGGGAAUACUCGUACUACUGGGCCCGCCAAAGCCUGAACAAGUACGACAAUGUGGCCAUCAAGUCGGACACCUUCAACCAGAACUACAAAAUCGACUAUCGACCGGACAAGGGAAUCUACGAUCUACAGAUCUUGAACGUGUCCUACUCACGGGAUAAUGGCCGUUACGAGUGCCGCGUCAAGUUGUUCGGUGACGGUGAGGUCAUCUACGAGGACUACUACAAUCUGACGGUUCUUACGCCCCCGCAACCGCCGCUGAUUUUUCCCGGCAGUGAAACCACCGCCACCGAAGACAAAGCCCAGGAGCUGACUUGUAGCAGCGUGGGUGGAUCGCCGGAUCCGAUGAUCUCAUGGUACCGUGAAGGCAGCACAACUCCCCUGGCGGCAAACCUGAUAUCCGGUGGAUCACGCGAUUUGCAGACGACCAGCACCCUGACUAUAAUUCCGCGCCGCGAAGAUGACGGUGCCAAGUUCAUGUGCGUGGUGUGGAACCGGGCCCUACCGGAAGGCCAGCGGCUCGAAACGGUGACGACGCUGUCUGUCAACUAUUUCCCUCGUGUCGAAAUUGGUCCCGAAAAUCCGCUGAGCGUUGAACGUGACCAGACGGCUAAACUGGAGUGUAUCAUCGAUGCCAAACCGAAACCAGAACGUAUCCAAUGGACCCGCAACGGUCGCUUCAUCUCGUCUCAUCCCGUGUACACGAUCCACCGGGUAUCGUUGCAAGACGCUGGAAAAUAUGCAUGCUCCGCUGAUAAUGGGCUCGGAAAAACCGGUGAACAGGAAAUCAACUUGAACGUCCUUUACCCUCCGAUCGUUCACAUCGAAUCGAAAACCAAAGAAGCGGAGGAGAAGGAAACCGUACAGAUCAAGUGCAACGUGACGGCCAACCCACCGCCAGUGACAAUCGAAUGGCUCAAGGAAGGUGAUUUGGAAUUCCGACGCAAUGGAGAUACCCUCACGCUACGAGAUGUUCGCGCAGAAGAUGCUGGAACUUAUAUUUGCCGAGGAAUCAACAUCAUGAAACCAUUCGGUGGUAAAACUCUGGAACGUGAAGGUAACGCCUCGAUUGCACUUUUGGUUCGCCAUCGCCCUGGACAAGCUUCAAUCACUCCCGAGAAACCAGUCGUCCAUGUUGGCAACAGCGUUAGUCUGAUGUGCAAGGCUGAUCCUCCGGGUUGGCCACUGGCUCAAUAUCGCUGGUAUCGCGAUGUUGGAGGUGAAAUGUCCACAAACGUUAUUGCUCAGGGAGCACAAUUUUUGAUCCCUAAGGCAGGACUGCAGAGCGAAGGAAAAUACUACUGCCAUGCUGGAAACGAUCUAGGAAACGGAGGUAUGGCCAGCACCGUUUUGGAAGUUCAUCAACCUCCACAGUUCUUGGCCAAACUACAAUCGAACAUGAUCCGCCGUGCUGGAGAAACUGACUUUACCGUAACCUGCAGCGCUAAGGGUAAACCAGAACCAUCGAUCACAUGGCUCAAGGACGACGUUGAGAUAACUACUGAUAUGCAUAUGUUUGAAGUCAAGUCUAACAUCGUAAAAGGACCGAACGGAAUGGUAACAGUCCAAAGUAUGCUGAAGUUCGCUGGUAAAGUGCGUCCCAAUGGAAAUGAUCUCAUCUCUGGUGAUCGUGGUCAAUACACUUGUCUGUACGAAAAUGAGGUCAACAAAGCUAACUCUACCAUGCACCUCAAAAUUGAACACGCACCUAUCGUGCUUCACCAGUACAACAAAGUGGCCAACGAUAUUAAGGAAGUUGCUGAAGUCGUCUGCAAAGUUCAAUCAUACCCGAAACCGGAAUUUUCAUGGCAAUUUGGAACUAUUCCUACACCAAUCAACAAUAACGAACAUUACGAAAUUAGCUCAACAUCAGAUAGUAACGACAUCUACACCAGCGUUCUCAAGAUCAGCAACCUUCGUCAUCAAGAUUACGGAGACUACCAUUGCCGUGUUUCAAAUGCCCUCAACAUCAUCAAUGUUCCCAUCCGCCUGCAACCCAAAGGACCCCCAGAGAAACCUUCCAAGCUGAAACCCGUUGAAAUCGGUUCCAACUACAUGGUUUUAUCAUGGGUUCCAGGAUUCGAUGGUGGUCUCGCCAAUACUAAGUAUUUCGUAUCUUAUCGCAAAAUUGCCAUCCCUAACGAAAGUCUUGUCACGGAUGAGUGCGCAAACCUUGCCGCUAGCGGUGCCGAAUGGAUGGAGUUCGACUGUCAACGAGAGGUUCCCUGCACCAUUACACCUUUGAAUCAGCAUCAGAGUUACGUUUUCAAAGUUAAGGCCCUCAAUACCAAGGGAGUUUCAGAGCAUUCCAAUGAAAUCAGUGCUACUACUAGGGUUGAAAAAGUCCCAGUACCCAAGCACGUUUCAUUUGAUCCGGAAACCCGCAUGUUGGCGUUGAACGUUGAAGCUACCUGCCUUUCAAUGAUAGCUAUUGUUGAAUCAGUGGUUUAUGGAGAUACCCCAAUGGCAGCCUGGCACAUUAUUGAUUCCGUUGAACUGGACGUUAAUGGCCGAGAUGCCACCUACAAAGAAAAGGAACUCGAAAAUUUCGCUAGCAGCAGACGAAACAGUGGACGUGCCCUCGGAAAUGGACUCGAUGAAAUACCGUUGCCAGCACUGGAAGAUGAGCUGAACCCUCGAGUCCGAGUGAAACUCUGCCUUAAAGUCAAUCACGAGUACUGUGGAGAAUACGUCGAAGCCGAUAUUGGUGCUUCGCUUAUUCAGGAAGCGUCUAUCGUGGACUUGCCAACACUUAUCGCUAUUGUGGUGUCGUGCAUCGUUGCUGGUUUGUUUGCCGUGCUCCUUGUCAUGUUCUGUCGCUGCAAGCGUAAACAAUCAAAACAAGCAGCAAAGGCUAAGGAAUACGACAUCGAUUCCAUCCAUCCGUCGAUUGUGGCUCAGCAAAACCAGGCACCACCACCGUACUACUCGGCCAGCAGUUUGGAGAACAAGGCUCUGGAACACUCGAUGGAUUUGGCUAUGGAUCAAAAUCAAGCCCUCUACGCUAGCCAACAAACUUAUGGAUAUCAUCAACAGAACGCCAUGAUGCCUCAGGUGCCGCAGAAUGACUGGUCCAACAUGGGUUACGUCGAGAAUUCCUACUCUAACUCAAACAACGGAGGAAGCGUCAAUUCACAGGACUCGAUUUGGCAGCUCAAGAUGUCGGCCGCGGCUUCAAACUCCGCUAAUAUGAUUCCUCAGCACAACUACAUGGACCAACCGUUGCAACAGAACUACGGCUACGAUCCGAUGACUCAUGGAGGUUACGGAGCUGUAGAUGAUUACGCACCUUACCCACACCUGAUGACUACGGCCAGCCAACAUGGAGGAGAUGACUAUCACCACAAUAUGCGUAACAGCCAGAACCCAUCCCGCCAGGACUAUUGCAGUGAUCCUUAUGCAUCAGUUCACAAGCCCAAGAAACGCAUGGACCAACACAUGGAUUUUGUAGCCGAAUCACCGUACCACGAUGUCAGCGGCUUACCGGAUCCGUACAUGGACCAGGAAGAGGUUAAAUCUCCAGGACCCAAUCAGCACCUUUCGAUGAGCUACGACGAUGCCCUGGCCAUGGAGAGUGGGUACUCGACUCCCAACUCCCGGAAUCGUCGGGUGAUACACGAAAUCGUCGUGUAAGCCGUCGUGUGAUCGUAUGAGGAUAACCAAAAGCAAAACUGGAAAAUUGGAAAAACGCUGAUAGACAAAUGCGACGCAAGCGAUUUAAGCAACACAACACAUACACAAUCAUACUAAAUGAAUGCAAAGAUACAGACACAACGAAUAGUUCAAAUUUUAACGAACCGAUACGAAUGGUUGAUAGCGAUAAUGAAAAACUUUGUUACAAGCAAAGUUUUAGAUGAAAAAGAGAGUUUAUUAAAAAAAAAAUAGAUGUAUUUUGAAAAUAACGAUCAUCUGGACGGACGGCUUCAGCCCAAAGGGCUUUAUUUGAUCUCAAAUAACUCUUUCUGAGGCAAUCGCUGGAUGGUGCGGCCAAACUGUGAUUGUAUAUAUAAUUUUAAGCCCUUGAAAUAAGUUUAGCUCCAGUUAUUUUAACGUAUCAGCUGCUAUCAUUGAACAACCAAUCGUAUCAAGCCAACAGUUCUGUGUUAACGAAACUCAGUACAAUUAUGCUGCUUAUACGUGACGACCAACGACAUGACGAAAACCAUAAGAAACGAAAUGAGAUUUGCUUCGACGUGUGCGUCUAUCACGAAUGUGCCAUUUUGAAUUUUUGUCAUAAUCUCGAUUGAAGGAAUGGUAGUUUUGUAACCAGAAGAUAAUUUAAACAAAACAAUGCUUAGUCAAUGAAAAUUUCAUGAUAUUUUCAUGAACAGCUCAAGAUGUUACACAAGUAAACUGCUGUUCCUUCUUUUAGGUUGCUUGCACAAAAAUUGUAUGUUUUGUCUUACAAUAUGCAUACUUGUUGUUUAUGGAAUAACCAUCUAUAAUAGCGAAGUUUAAUACGUCGAGAUUCCAUGAAAAUUAUAGAAGACAAACGAUCAAAUGCAUAAAUUCUAAGCAGGUGAAUUGCAGAAGCCAAUUUAAUUGAAGUGACAAGAACGAAAUUAAUCUAAACUUCAAACCAGAAAUAUAUUUAAGGCAAACGGUGCCAUUCGCAAUUUGACCGAGUUGGAUUCUACGUUUGAUCAAAAUCCAGCUUCAGCGAUGAAUUUUGAUAAUUAGCGGACACAAGAAAUGUCACCAGACAAUUUUGUCACAUUUUCAGAACUUUUCCACACUUUUCGUUAAUCGAUUCGAAUGAUUCCUUAAAACUGUUAACAUCUCCGCUGAAAAUUCUCCCGUGUCCUGUGAGUAUAAAUCAGAUUAUAAGGAAACUUAAAGAUUAACGAAGUAAACUCAUUAUAGUUCUGUCUUCCAAACGCAAUUUUCAAACAAGAUCUUACUAACGCUAUCGAAGAAACUUUCAAAGUUUUGUCGAGACGCUCCCGGUUGUAAUAACUAAUUUUUAUUCAACUAGAUCGAUUUUUUGUCUAUAACUUUCAAUAAACUCUUUCUGCUCCUCGUUGAACUCAACCAAACUUUCUGCUCAAAUUCAAAUUGAACUUCAGAGAAAGUUCAUCGUCAAUAAACUGCUUCCUUGGGCCAGCUUCUUGCUCGGUCCUCGUUGUACAAAGCACUCGAAAAACACUGUUGAUCACUUUCGUGAGAAUAUUAAAAACUUGUAAAAUGUAAAUUAAACUUUCUUUAAUUUGCACAACGACACCGUUUUGACUCCGUCGUUUCCAUACUUCUCUGUUUACUUUUACUCAAAGUUGCACUCGUUCAUUCAUUCAUCGGACAAAAGGAGAGUGUUCAGUGUUUUUGUCGUAUUUAUCGAUACGAGACUGUGCCCGGAUUUUCUAUUACAUACUUACAUUUUUUUUAGUUUCUCGUAGUUUUAGGUAGCGUUUACUUCAAUAAGAAUAUAUAUAGCAUACAACUAGGCGAGAAAAGAGUAGUUAAAAACUUGUACAUAGCAAAAAAGUGCGAAUAGGUGCGGACAAGUUAGUUGAGUUUUCUGUUAUGUUUCAAAGAGGGAAAACGAUGCUGUAUAUAGAAUGUUGCACAGCUGGAAAACUUUUGUCGCCGUCCCGUCCGUCGGGUUCGAGAAAUUCCGUCCAAGGUACUGCUGUAAAUUAAAUACUAAUCGUCGUUCGUCCGGCACAGACAAAACGAUGCAGUAUGGUUUCCGAAAUAUGUCAUUAUUCAUCAAUCGCCGUGUCAUUUGACAGAUCGCAAUUGGUCUCAAAUGUUACGGCGAUGAACACAUUUUCAAACACACUGCAUCGCUUUGUCUGUGCCUGACGGAAUUGCCACCGCCUUUUUCCUACAGUAAACUGAGAUUCUACGUCCAUAAAAACCGUCGCCUAACAAACGGCUUUUAAGAACUUCUUUAGCCGAAUAAAUCUACUACACUUUAAACUGCCAAGCUCCUGGAAGAAGAAACUUGAAAAUAGUUUUCCCUUAAAAGAAAAUUUAACAAGCUGAAAAGCUGCUGAUGAUGACUGCAAGCUUUCAAGACUACAAACAAAAUUGGCAAACAAGUUGGCACAACUUAACGUGAGUCCGGUCAUUUCUUAUACUAACGACAGGCUGCCAGCCAGUGCCAUUCAGCUUGCGAUGUUCCGGAUGAAGGUUGGUGGCGAUAAUGGCCGUAUAUACGAGCAAAAAACGUCUCGAAAGAACCCAAAACUAGUCGACAAAAGUUUUGCUCCAAGCUCAAACAGAAACCGGCGACAACCGUUUCGUUCCGUUCGCCGCAACUUCCGGGGAAACUCAAGUAUCUCACUAUCAAUUAGUUUAAACACGCGGGGUGGAGUAAACGUACAGAAGAACUAAUUCUUGCAAACGCUCCAUAAAACUGCCCAAUGUUAAGCGAAAUUAUAAGAUGUGCGGCUACGUAAAACAUAGCACAGGUUUGUGCUGUCGACUUUUUCUUAGUUUAGUAAAGUUUAAAUUACGAAACAAACAAAUGUUACAAAAAAGCAACAAAUCGUGAAAAAAAUGUGUAAAUAUUGACUGAAGCGACGAUCGAGGGCUACUGUCCGAAAUCGUAACGCAAAUACACACAACAAACACACAAUAGAUUUAUCUCGAUGAAGAAGACGUAUUACGAAACGUGUGCCCAGAUGUGGAUCUACUUAUUUUAUAGUACGAUUUGUAAGUAAUUUUUAGCAGCUAUUGCAAGAAAAUCGUUUUCGGAGAAAAUAUAAUUUUAUUUAAAUAAA